CCGCGUCUAAAGAUCAACGACGACGACUCAGUUUCUUCCUUCACAAGCGAGAUAGAGAGAGAGAGAGAAGAAGAGUAAAAGAGCGUGUUGUUGUGUUGUUUCUUCUUCUUCUCUCUUUGGGCGUUUUCAUCGUUUCUCAUCUACCCCCUCACAAUUUUCUUAUCACUCUCAUAAGUCUCAACUUCGUCACUUUCUCGGGGAAAUUCUCCUAAUCCCUAAAACCUAGUUACAGAAAAUAUCUCCUGAAUCUUACACGAUCUUUCUUCUUCUUCUUCUUCUAUGAAUCUGUUCAUCGUAAAUUCAGAUUCUUGAUAUAUAUGAUUCCUUCUCUCCAAUCUCUUCUCUUAGUUUCUCAGAGAUGGUUGAGAGAUCAAACUCACGUUUUCUCGCAGUAAUCAUCACUCGUAAAUCUAUAAUUUUCUUGCUUAUAUCGAUCCUCACCGUCGCAUCUUGGUUCUUAAUCUUUUCUUCCACAAACCCUAACCGAGUUCUCGACUACAUCUCAGUAUCAGAACCCACUGAUGCACCUCUCAUCAUCAUCAAGAACUCAAACAGUUCUCCUCAAAACAGAGAAGGUGCGGAAACAGAGGAACACAAAAAUGAAAACAGAGGAGCGACAAAAACAGAGUCAUUCAUCAACGAAAACAGAGCCAAAACCCUCCAAUGCAUCGAGAAUAAGGUUUCUCCUUCUCCGACGCCAUUGAAAGUCUACAUGUAUGAUAUGAGUCCAGAGUUUCACUUUGGGUUAUUAGGUUGGAAGCCAGAGAGAAACAAUGACGUCGUUUGGCCUGAUAUCAGAGUCAACGUUCCUCACCAUCCAGGUGGUCUUAACUUGCAGCACAGUGUUGAGUAUUGGCUAACAUUAGAUCUUUUGUUCUCUGAGCUCCCAGAAGAUUCUAGAAGCUCUCGUGCCGCGGUACGUGUGAAGAACUCGAGCGAAGCUGAUGUAGUGUUCGUGCCCUUCUUCUCUUCAUUGAGCUAUAACCGAUUCUCUAAGGUUAACCAAAAGCAGAAGAAGAGCCAAGACAGAGAGUUACAGGACAAUUUGGUGAGAUACGUAACGUCUCAAAAAGAGUGGAAGAUCUCAGGAGGGAAGGAUCAUGUGAUAAUGGCGCACCAUCCCAAUAGCAUGUCGACCGCAAGGCAUAAGCUAUAUCCGGCGAUGUUUGUGGUCGCUGACUUUGGUAGAUACUCGCCACGUGUCGCCAAUGUUGACAAAGACAUUGUGGCUCCAUACAAACACCUUGUUCCAUCGUACGUUAAUGACACGUCGGGAUUUGAUGGCCGUCCGAUCUUGCUCUACUUCCAAGGAGCCAUCUACCGCAAAGCUGGUGGAUUCGUGAGGCAAGAGCUAUACUACCUUCUAAAAGAAGAAAAAGGCGUCCACUUCUCUUUCGGUAACGUACGAAAUCACGGCAUAACCAAAGCCGGAGAUGGAAUGAGAUCGUCCAAGUUCUGUCUCAACAUCGCAGGGGAUACUCCGUCGUCCAACCGCCUCUUCGACGCCAUAGCUAGUCACUGUGUUCCCGUGAUUAUCAGCGACGACAUUGAGUUACCAUACGAGGAUGUUCUCAACUACAACGAGUUCUGUCUCUUUGUCCGAUCAUCCGACGCUUUAAAGAAAGGGUUUCUGAUGGGUCUUGUGAGGAGCAUUGGUAGAGAAGAGUAUAAUAAGAUGUGGAAACGUUUGAAGGAAGUUGAGAAGUAUUUUGUUUUCCGUUUCCCGUCCAAGGAUAACAACGGAGAUGAUGCAGUUCAGAUGAUUUGGAAAGCUGUUGCGAGGAAAGCCCCUUUGGUGAAGAUGAAGGUUCAUAGGUUUCAAAGGUUUAAAAGGCCUUUUUAGGGUUUUCCUGAGAUUUACAUAGAAUAUAUACAGUUUAGGAAUAUUUACAUUUAUCUAAACAUAUAAUUUACAUUUAUCUAAACAUAUAAUUUACAUUUAUCUAAACAUAUAAUUUACAUUUACAUUAUCUCAGUUUAGGAAAUCUCUGUAUAUAUAAGAGAUCAUAAGUUGUAACAUUAUAAUCCGCAUUCUCUCUC